AUGGCGGCUGCAGUCGCUUCUGGAAUUGCACCCACCGCGAUGGUUGAUCAAGUGCCUAAUCAACCCACCGUUGUGGCCGCUGCUCCUCCUCCGACGGUGACUCAAGUAGCCGCCGUUGCUGCUGCUGCGGCGGCGGAAGCCUUGCAAGCCCAUCCAAACUCGUCUCUUUACGUCGGAGAUCUUGACCCGACCGUCAUGGAGACACAUCUUCUGGAUCUGUUCAAUCAAGUUGCUCCUGUUCAGACAGUUAGGGUUUGUCGCGAUGUGACUCGUCGUUCUCUUGGUUACGCUUACGUCAAUUUCGCUAAUCCUGAUGAUGCGAUGCGAGCGAUGGAUAGUCUCAACUACACUCCGAUCAGCGACAGACCGAUAAGGAUCAUGCUCUCGAACCGUGAUCCUAGCACUAGAUUGAGUGGAAAAGGCAAUGUUUUCAUCAAAAACCUUGAUGCAUCGAUUGAUAACAAAGCUCUGUUUGAUACAUUCUCGAGUUUCGGGACUAUUCUCUCUUGCAAGGUAGCCACCGAUGUCGCGGGACGGUCUAAAGGUUAUGGCUUUGUCCAGUUUGACAAAGAGGAGAUCGCUCAGGCUGCUAUUGACAAGCUUAAUGGAAUGUUGCUUAAUGACAAGCAAGUCUUUGUUGGACACUUUGUUCGUCGCGAGUACCGGUCUCGCUCUGAGAGCGGGGCCGUACCGCGUUUUACGAACAUUUAUGUCAAGAAUCUCCCUAAAGAGAUUACUGAUGAUGAGCUCAAGAAGACGUUUGGGAAGUAUGGAGAUAUCUCUAGUGCGGUUGUGAUGAAGGAUCAGAGUGGGAACUCGAGGUGUUUCGGGUUUGUGAAUUUCGAGAGCCCUGAAGCUGCUGAGGUUGCGGUUGAGAAGAUGAAUGGUAUUAGCMUCGGUGAGGAUGUGUUGUACGUUGGUAGGGCGCAGAAGAAGUCUGAGAGGGAAGAGGAAUUGAGGAGAAAGUUUGAGCAAGAGAGGUUAAGCCGGUUCGAGAAAUUGCAAGGAUCGAAUCUGUAUUUGAAGAACCUUGAUGACAGUGUGAAUGAUGAGAAGCUCAAGGAGAUGUUCUCUGAGUAUGGGAAUGUGACUUCAUGCAAGGUUAUGAUGAAUUCACAAGGCUUGAGCAGAGGAUUUGGCUUUGUUGCUUAUGCCAAUUCUGAAGAAGCCUUAAAAGCUUUGAAAGAAAUGAAUGGAAAGAUGAUAGGAAGGAAACCUCUUUACAUCGCUUUGGCUCAACGCAAGGAAGAGAGACGUGCUCACCUUCAGUCUCUAUUUUCUCAUAUGAGACCAGCAGGGACAUUGUCGCCAAUGCCAUCAAUGCCUGGGUUCCAUCAUCUCCCAUCCGGAGGGCCAAUGUCAGGACCACACCAUCCAAUGUUCAUAGGCCAGAAUGGUCAAGGUCUAGUGCCUUCACAGCCUAUGGGGUAUGGAUACCAACUUCAGUUCAUGCCCGGUGUGCGUCCAGGUCCAGGCUCAGCAAACUUCGUGAUGCCUUACCCACUUCAGAGGCAAACACAGCCUGGUGGUCCUCGUGUUGGGUUUAGGCGCGGCGCUGCUAACAUGCAUCCGCACUUUCAGCAGCAACAAAUGCUGCAGCAGAAUGUGAGCUCGGGAAUGAGGUACAUGGGAGGCACGGGCAACAGGACGAAUGGAAUGGAAGGAUCUGCUCCAUUGCCAUUGGAUGCAUCUGCAAUAUCUCACAAUGUUCAUCAACACCCACAGAAGCCUCCUCUCCUCCCCAUUUCUAAGCUCACAGCUGCGUUGGCUCUGGCUAACCCCGAAAAGCACUCAGAGAUACUUGGGGAGCAGCUUUACCCGCUUGUUGGUCAGCAUGCACCAGUUCAUACCGCCAAAGUCACCGGUAUGUUGCUAGAGAUGGACCAAGCCGAGGUCUUGCAUCUUAUCGAGUCACCUGAAGCUCUUAAGGCUAAAGUCUCUGAGGCUUUGGAUGUUCUCAGACUUUCUGCUAAUCCGCCUGCUGUUUCUUCCAUCGAUGACCAGUUCGCUCUCUCCUCAACCGAUUGA